CGACGGCGUUUAAUCAUUGUCGUCCCUGAAGUAAAGCCUCUUCUUUUUUCCUCUUUACCCUGUCUACACGGUUGUUAGUUGUUACCUCGUUACCUAACGGAGCACAGCAGCGCCAAAUUCCAUGGUUUCGUCAGCCUCCACCUCGCUGUUGCUGCUUCACCAUCCCACUCCCACGCGCUUGCUGCAUCCGAUCUCCCACGCGCGCGCCACGAAUGGCCUCUGUGACAGGCGGCUCUCUCUCCCUCGCCGACUCCAUUUCCCGCCAAUUCUACUGUCCGAUGCUCCGCGGCGGAGAACGAGGGGCGCGGCUACGAUCCCUUUUGCCAACGUUACCGGAUCGGCGUCCGACCCGAUAGUGAGCGAGCCCGAACGGAAGUCCGACUUGUCGGAUGCCGGCGGCGACGAGGAGGAGUGGUCCUCGUCGAAGAAACUGGUAAAGUGGGGGCUUCUGUGGAGUCUGCUGCUUAGGCAUAAGUUGAGAAUUGGAAUUUCGGUUCUCUCGCUUGUUGGCUGCACUACCUGCACACUCUCCAUGCCCAUUUUCUCAGGGCGAUUCUUUGAAGUGCUUGUUGGUGCAAGGCAGGAGCCUCUGUGGAGCCUGCUGGCUAAAGUUGGAAUUGCAUACGCCAUGGAGCCAAUUUUCACUGUCCUGUAUGUUGUUAACAUGAACGUUGUGUGGGAGAGUGUUAUGUCGACGCUUAGAGCUCAGAUUUUCAGGAGAGUUCUGAUUCAAAAGGUGGAGUUUUUUGAUCGGUACAAGGUUGGUGAAAUCAGUGCAUUAUUGACAAGUGAUUUGGGAUCUCUUAAAGAUGUUGUAAGUGAGAAUGUAUCAAGGGAUCGUGGGUUUAGGGCACUUUCUGAGAUCAUUGGGACAGUUUCCAUCUUAUUCACCUUGGCUCCCCAGCUGGCUCCAAUAUUGGGCGCCCUGAUGCUUUCAAUUUCUGUUUUAGUUGCUGUGUACAAGCGAUCCACUGUUCCAGUUUUCAGAGCUCAUGGAAUGGCCCAAGCGUCAAUGUCUGACUGUGUAUCAGAAACUUUUUCUGCUAUUCGUACUGUAAGAUCUUUUAGUGGUGAACAUCGCCAAAUGUCAAUGUUUGGUAACCAGGUUCUUGCUUACCGACGUAGUGGCAUAAGGCUUGGGAUGUUUAAAUCACUAAACGAAUCAGUGACAAGAGUCGCUGUUUACAUCUCUCUGAUUGCUUUAUAUUGUCUUGGAGGAAGUAAAGUGAAGGCUGGUGAAAUUUCUGUUGGGACUUUUGCUUCUUUUAUUGGAUACACUUUCACACUGACAUUCGCUGUUCAAGGCCUAGUCAAUACAUCUGGGGAUCUUCGUGCAAGUCUUGCUGCCGUUGAAAGAAUAAAUUCCGUGCUCUCUGGAGUAGAGGUAGAUGAAACCCUUGCCUAUGGUCUAGAAAAGGAAAUCCAGGAAAAGGAACAUCAUGACGAGGCAAUAAAAUUGUUCUCGGAUGAUGAUCAUAGCGGGAAGAACUCCCGGACCGUGCAUUACAUGUCAGCUUUAAAAUCAGCUCACAAUCUAUCUACUCUUGCUUGGUCUGCUGACAUUUGUCUCGAAGAUGUGCAUUUCUCAUAUCCCUUGAGACCUGAUAUAGAAAUUUUAAGUGGCCUCGAUUUGACCCUGAAGUGUGGAACCGUGACUGCUCUAGUUGGGCCAAGCGGUGCAGGCAAAAGCACUAUAGUACAGCUACUAUCACGAUUCUAUGAGCCAACCAAAGGUCGAAUAACACUCUCUGGGGAAGAUAUCAGGACAUUUGAAAAGACAGAGUGGGCUCGUGUGGUCUCCAUAGUAAACCAAGAACCAGUUCUUUUUUCGGUUUCAGUUGGAGAGAACAUUGCAUAUGGGCUUCCUGAUGAAAAUGUGUCCAAAGAUGACAUCAUAAAGGCUGCCAAAGCUGCAAAUGCACACGAGUUCAUAGUUUCACUGCCACAGGGUUACGACACUCUAGUUGGUGAGCGCGGAGGCUUGCUGAGUGGAGGGCAGAGGCAGAGGAUUGCUAUUGCGAGAGCGCUGCUCAAGAAUGCCCCAAUCCUUAUCCUUGAUGAGGCAACCAGUGCACUAGAUGCAGUUAGCGAACGGCUAGUCCAGGGAGCACUCAAUCAUCUGAUGAAAGGGAGGACGACAAUGGUAAUUGCUCACAGAUUAAGUACAGUUCAGAAUGCGCAUCAGAUUGCAGUUGUUACUGAUGGAAGGAUUGCAGAACUCGGAACCCAUUUACAGUUGCUGGCCGAAAAGGGUAAAUAUGAUACACUAGUCGGCACUCAAAGACUGGCUUUUGAAUGACUCAACCAUCCUUUUUAGCCUUUUUUUCAAUUUCCAUAGAAUAAUAGGACCACAGCCUCGUGUAAAUCAACAAUGAUGAGUUUU